AGACGCGGGAAGUUUGUAAAGGGGAGCAGAUCGGGCGGGCGGAUCAUGGAAAGGAAACAUCUAAAGGAAAUUCCUGCUUCUGCCAGGAACUCCUCAAGCUGGACAUGGAACUCCAAGAAGAACAGCUCAGAACUGCUCUGUGGUAUGGGAGUGACCCCUAUGGAGAAAGAUCCACUGGACACAGAAAAUACUCCUCUGGACCAAAUCAUGACGAUGACUCCACCACAGAAGCGUCCGAGACAAAAGGAGAAAGAUGACACCUUUGUUAUCGCCAGACGCCCAAGAGCAGCCAAAAUCUCUCAGCCAGGAAUAUCAUGGGAUUCCCUACCAGAUGAGUUAAUUCUGGGCAUCUUUUCCUACCUGCAUCUAACUGAUCUCUUGAAAGCAUCUCGCGUUUGUAAACGAUGGAGGAGACUAUCGUGUGAUGAAUCACUGUGGCACAGUUUAGACCUCACUGGGAACCAUUUGUUGGACGGAGUUAUUGGAAGACUGUUGUCACUGGGAGUGGUUGUGUUGCGGUGUCCCAGAUCUUGUAUUGGAGAACCAUUAUUUAAACAGAUCAGACCUUUGCGUCUACUACAUGCAGACCUUUCUCAUUGCACCAUCAGCAUAGAUGCUUUGCGGAGCAUCAUUUCCUGCUGCCACAGACUUCAGAAUCUGAGUUUGGAAGGGCUGACCCUGAAUGAUGACAUCAUGUGUGCUGUUGCCCAAAAUUCAGAUCUGGUAAGACUGAACCUCGGUGGUUGUUUCGGCUUCUCCCCAGAAUCGCUGGCACACAUGCUGAAGAGCUGCUCUAGGCUGGAUGAAUUGAACCUCUCCUGGUGUGACUUUACAACCAGCCAUGUGAAGAGCGCAGUGGAUAACUUUCCUAGAAGUUUAACCCAGCUGAAUUUCAGUGGGUAUCGUCAGAACCUGGAGAUAACCGAUGUGGAGGCUUUAGUACAAAGAUGUCCUGACCUUACCAAUUUAGAUUUAAGUGACAGUGUGAUGCUGACUCCAGAAUGCUUUACAGUGUUCCACCAACUGCUUCACCUGCAGCACCUCGGCCUCAGUCGCUGCUAUCAGAUCUGUCCUACUUCCAUGCUGUAA